AUGUGUACCUCUUCGUAUUGCGGGAUAAGUGCUGGACAAGAGAGAGCCUGGAGAGGCAGCUGCAAGAUGAGAUGCAGCGGGCAAGGUAGACGGGACCUCGAGCCUAGAGAUAGAAAAGAGGCUGCCGCUAGCCAGAGAAGCUACCUUGAUUCGAACCGGCUAUGCGCUCCCUGCGAUUGGUAG